AUGGACAUCAAGAUCACAGCUAACAAUUCUCCAACUGCUGCUUCACCAUUAUCCCCACUGUACCUGUCUGCAAGAGUUUUCUCUGAUGUUUCAACUUAUAGCUUCUUUGUCUCACAGCCUGGCCGCCAUUGGAUCCGUCUCUACUUCUUACCUAUCCCUGACAAAAAAUACAACCUCACCUCAGCAACAUUCUGUGUGUUCGCUGACAAUAUGGUUCUUCUCCAUGACUUCUCCUUCAUAGCCAGUCCCCCUAACCCCAUCCUUAAGGAGUAUAUUGUUGUAACACAGGGAGACACCUCGAAGAUCAUUUUCACCCCAAAGGACUCAAUAGCAUUCAUCAAUGCUAUUGAAAUUGUCUCAGCACCACCCACCCUAAUUCCAAAUACCACCAAUGGCCUGCCUCCUCAAGAACAAUUUGACAUCUCCAACAAUGCAUUGCAGGUAGUGUACCGGCUAAAUAUGGGGGGUGCACUUGUGACAGCCUUCAACAACACACUGGGCAGGACCUGGUUACCAGAUGCACCUUUUUUGAAGCUUGAGGCAGCAGCACAGGCGGCUUGGGUUCCUCCUAGAACCAUCAAGUACCCUGAUGACAAGGCAGUCACACCACUCAUUGCUCCAGCAAACAUAUACUCAACGGCACAGCAGACAGCAUCGUCAAAUACCUCGCAAGCAAGAUUCAACAUAACUUGGGAAAUGGAAGCAGAGCCAGGAUUCAAGUACCUCAUCCGCCUACAUUUCUUAGCCUACUACCAGGACUUUACCGUGGAUUCAUCCAGCAUCAUCAACUCCACUCUUCUAGUGCAGGUUGGCCCAAGCACAACCGAUUCCAGCAAUACUGAUGCCAUCCUUAAUGGCCUUGAAGUCAUGAAAAUAAGCAACCAAGCAAACAGCUUAGAUGGCCAAUUUUCACCAAAAACAAGCUCACAACUUGGUAAGAGGAUACUAACUGGCAUAGGUCUUUCUGUGGCAGUGAUUGCAGCUGCAUUGGCCAUAGUGAUGUGCUGCAGGUGA